CAUGGAAGCAUCAUAGCGAUGGGAGGCUCACCUACGCUGUUCUUCAUUCUGCAGUUCAUCUUUGGUGCUGCUGGCUGCGGAAACUGUUCGCAAGUGCCAUUAGCCGGUGCAUUCGCCACUGGACCUACAGCCUCGGAAGCGUCCAGCGAUGCCACUUCAACUGGAUUAGAGUGGCUGCAUUCCUGCCGGCACGACCAGCUUCAAGGUUUCCUGCCUUAUCUUGCUCUACCUCAACACGUGGCAGCUGCAGGAACAUCGACAGCCCCACCUACGCCCCGUUUAAAACCGAGUGCUGCGCAGUCGCCGCUCAAUGGGCAUGGAAGCAUCAUAGCGAUGGGAGGCUCACCUACGCUGUUCUUCAUUCUGCAGUUCAUCUUUGGUGCUGCUGGCUGCGGAAACUGUUCGCAAGUGCCAUUAGCCGGUGCAUUCGCCACUGGACCUACAGCCUCGGAAGCGUCCAGCGAUGCCACUUCAACUGGAUUAGAGUGGCUGCAUUCCUGCCGGCACGACCAGCUUCAAGGUUUCCUGCCUUAUCUUGCUCUACCUCAACACGUGGCAGCUGCAGGAACAUCGACAGCCCCACCUACGCCCCGUUUAAAACCGAGUGCUGCGCAGUCGCCGCUCAAUGGGCAUGGAAGCAUCAUAGCGAUGGGAGGCUCACCUACGCUGUUCUUCAUUCUGCAGAUCUAGUACUAACGUCAUCAGAAACUGUCACGUCACCCGUACUGCACAUGCCUGGCCUGAGCGACCAUAAUAUUUUGCAUUUCACGUUCGAUUUGUCGCAUGCACCAUCAGCAAAACGGUCCAAGAACAUCAGAGACUACAAUAAGGGUAACUAUCUAGCCAUUAAUAAUGAACUGAGCUCCUUUUUAGACAUUUUCUUACCAGGUUAUCUCGGGCGCUCAGUAGAAACUAAUUGGAGUUUGUUCCGAAAUAAAGUCUCUGAACU